UAUUCAAUCCUCAUUUGAGCUUUCUCCAACAAUGACCUCGUACUAUUUGCAGGAAUGUACAAGGGGACUCUAAACAGCUUCUGCAGAGUGGUUGUAGACUGUAAGGAAUACGGCUACUACUGUGCUGGCAACAGAACAUGUCAAUGUCUUCCAAGCUACGUUCCAAACGAUAAAGGACAACUGUGCCUGGGACUUUUAGGUGAAAAAUGCAAAUACGACGAGCACUGCAUAGAAGGGGCGUUCUGCUAUUUACAAGACACUUGCAAAUGCAAAGACGAAUAUCGACCGUCGUUCGACAAUAUGUACUGCCUCAGUAAGUAUUCGCAAGAGAUUCUACUCGGAAAAAUAUGUCGACAUAUCUAAUGUUUGUCAAGUUUAUAUGGUCAAAGUGCUUUUUGAAUAGCAUAUUAGGUGCAUUUGAUGCAUUUAAGAAAUCAUAG